GAAGGCCUCAGUCGUUGUUGCUUUCUCCUUUCCAUCUGAACAGUUUUAGCUGCACGAAAACGACGUUGGCGACGGAACGAGGACAACAAUGGUCGAUCUGAUGCCCAUCAUUGCGCUCGUGCUGCGGUUGGGACUAGCAUUGACAAUCGUCCUUGUCGCCGUGCUCGUCGCUUGGUUCCUGGCAUGGAAGCUCGUGCUCUCCAAAAUGACCUUCAUUCGCGAGAUAUUCGGGUUCAAGGACCCGUCGCUGCCCGAGGCGGCGUACACGAACAAGCGGGCGCUGCGACCCAAGCCAUCAACACCCAAACAAGCUGCUGGAGCCUCUGCCGCAAGUGUCACUGGAACAAAGCCAGGUAUGGGUCCAUCGGUGCUGCCAUUCCGAAACCCAGACCACCAGCAGCCGCCAACACUCAAGCGGCGGCUGUCAGACCCAAAGCCUGUCGGUGGAGCGGCGUUUGCCGCAGCGUCGUCAGACUCGCCUGCUCAGCAACGCAACCGCGUGAGCUUUGCUACAACCGUGACGCGCGUGGCAUACGAAGACGAGCCGACCCCAGACUAUACUCCUGCUUCUGGCAUUGGUGCAGACACGAUGCGGCGGCGAGGCACGGUCGACAACUACUUUUGACGAUGGCAGACUCGUGUAUGUUGAACGAGGCUGCAACUGAACAGCCUCAAGCAUGACCAGCAAGCCUUCGAGAAGAUGGGCGGUACUGCUGGGGCGUGGGCAUUGCGCUGCUGCUGUCCUUGUUAUCGGAAAAAUAACAUGUUUUUUGGAAAACGCGCGCUUCUGCGAUGGCUUGUGCUUGUUUCC